CCGAGCUGUGUCCGAGGUGUGCCGAGUGGCAAAACGUCGCAAAAACGAAAGUACGUGGUGUGGCGGCACGCUGGAGAGUGCAUUGCAGAAAUACAGUGCUCAAACAAAAACUGUUGACUGUUGUUACGCAACUUUAAGAGGGAAAAUCUGUGGAGUACAUGGAAUCUGAUAACCUGAAGCAAGAACAAAGAACAGUUCUCCGAGAGAGAUUUCUCCGCAUGUGUGCAGCCUUAACAGGACAAUCUGCCAACAUUUGUAUGCAUGAAAAGACAAAUGUCCAGUGCAUGCUAGGUCACAUUGACAUCAAUGUCCAGCACAUACAAGUCAAGGAACUUUUAACACCAAUGGGAAAAAUUCCUCAUGCUGUUCUGCGCCUUGAUGAUGUAAUUUCCAUUCAGAUUCCUGACCUAAAAAAUAAGGAUUUUUAACUCGUUUUAUUCGUCAAUCAAGAUAACAGGGUCAUAUCCAAAAGAUCCAUGACUUUCACCUCAAAUGCAGGGCACUAGGUGGAGGAGCAAUCACUGUGUUAAACCUGUGUGACAAAGCAUCUGGAUCUGAACACAGGACUUCUGAACUCAAGACCAUAAACUGAGAAUAGACUUAAGUCUACAUUUUUAAUCCAGCUAACUUUUAAAAUGAAAUAAAUUUGGACUUAAGUCUAUUCUCAGUUUACCUGUGAAGGAAAUGCCUUAACCACUACUAUGACCACUAGGAUGAAUAAUACACAAAAGAAAUUGCAAUGGAGGGAAAGUAUAAGAUAUAAUCUUAUGUUUAGAAUUUAGAAUACAAUGUCAGAACUGAAGGAAUUGAAGCGACUGAAAGAUGAAGAGAGAACAUUGAUGAAUGUGGCCAGUAAGCUAAGUGACCAGUUAAACCGGUUAAAGGUGGAGGAAUUAGCUCUCCUGAGUAUGCUACACAAAGAGGAACUGCCAAAUAGAGUAGAGUUAGUGGGGAAGGAAGAGGAGAAAAAGGAGACUCAGCCAUCUUCUUCACAACCAACUCCAGUGGAGACAGAAGAGUUAGUUCCCCUGGAUCUCUCUGUGAACAGCCAGCAACAGAAAGAGGUAAUGGAGGAGGAGGAGGAAGAAGAAGAUGAUGACCUCACAAUGAUGAUGACACAGAUAAAUGGAUGAUGACCUCACAAUGAUGAUGACACAGAUAAAUGGAUGAUGAUAUAAAGAUAAUGGUGGAGGUGAAAAACAACAACCAAAAACUGUGCUUUCAGAAAUUGGUUCAGCUAUUUUUAAUAAAAAAUUGUAAAAUAUUAGAUCAAUUUGUCCAGGUUACAAUUUGAUAACAUUUGAAUUUGAUGAUGCAAAAUAAUGGAACAAAGCAUUUUCCUAGACUGGAAUUAUUUUACUGUAUGUGUGGAUUACUGAAGGAAGUGAAAAUUGAUUGAAGAUUAUAUGUGAAUUGCAAGAUAAUGCACUAGAGGUGAAAGUCCUCUUUGUGGGCAGGAUGUGUUAUAGUCCUUCUGAAUUAUUGCUCAGAAGUGAGAAAAAAAAUGAUUUUUAUUCACACCAUAUGUUGUAACUACACUUGGAAUGGACAGAUUAGAAUUUGGAAACUGAGGCAAGGGGGUUGUGGGGUUGCCAUAUGCCACAAGUGAUUUAUGAUAGAUAACAUUACUAGAUGUAGUGUGCCAAGACAAUCACUACACUUCAGAAUCUCCAUCUCAAAUGACAUGUUUGUUACAAUUGUAUUAAAUACUGUAUUUUGAACAUCUGUAUUAAUCUUCAAUAUAAAAUGUUAAUAGAAUAAAAAAAUAAACAGUU